AUGCGGGGCCGGCUGCUGGCGCGGCUGCGGCGGCGGCGGCGGCUGCUGCGGCUGCUGCUGGCCCUAGGCGCGCUGGCCCUGGGGCUCUGGGCCGCUUACCUGGAGCUGGUGGCGGCGGCGGCCGGCGGCGGGGCUCCCCCGGACCGCAGAUACGAAAGCUGGAGGGAGCUGGCUAAGGCUCUGGCAGACACUAAUGUGCCACGUGGGGACUCAAGCCUUCUGUUUUACUAUCCGCAUAAGCUGGGACACCAGAACCAAGAGCUGCAAAGAGGUGGGAAUAAAUCAAAUUAUGCAGCUGUGGACAACCCGGUCCCAUGGAUGCCGGAGUUCCAGGGCCAGGCCAAUCUGCAUGUGUUCGAGGACUGGUGCGGCAGCUCCACUGAGCAGCUCAGGAAAAACCUCCACUUCCCCUUCUUCCCCCACACGCGAACUACACUGAAGAAGCUGGCUGUGUCCCCAAAAUGGACCAACUAUGGUCUCCGUAUAUUUGGCUACCUGCAUCCUUUCACCGACGGGGAGUUUCAGUUUGCCAUUGCUGCGGAUGACAAUGCUGAGUUCUGGCUGAGUCCAGAUGAAAAGACCUCUGGCCUCCAGCUGCUGGCCAGUGUAGGCAAGACAGGGAGGGAGUGGACCGCGCCAGGGGAGUUUGGGAAAUUUCACAGCCAGCAGUCAAAGAUGGUGAGGUUGUCAGCUGCAGGCAGGUACUAUUUUGAGGUGCUGCACAAGCAGGAUGACAGAGGAACAGACCAUGUGGAAGUAGCAUGGAGACUGAAUGACCCAGAAGCACAGUUCAAAGUCAUUGACUCCCAAUACCUCUCCCUUUUUGCUAACGAGACACUUUUAAAGAUGGAUGAGGUUGGGCAUAUCCCGCAGACAUUGGCCAGUCACACGAGCCGGCCUGCUGACAGCACAGGCAGCAAGGCACACCCAGCUGACAUGUUGAAGCCUGACCCCCGGGACACUCUUUACAAAGUGCCUCUGCUCAGCAAGUCUCAUGUGCGCCGAGCCUUGCCAGACUGCUCGUACAAGCCCAGCUACCUGGUGAAUGGAUUUCCUCUGCAGCGCUACCAGGGACUCCAGUUUGUUCAUUUAUCCUUUGUUUACCCGAAUGAUUACAGCCGCCUGAGCCACAUGGAGAAAGACAACAAAUGCUUCUAUCAGGAAAACCCUUAUUACUUGGAAAGAUUUGGAUUCUACAAGUAUAUGAAAAUGGAUCGGCCAGAGAAGAGCCUGGACUCUGGAGAAGAGACAGAGCAGCCAGGCUCCCAGGAGGGGAACCUGGGCGACCUGCAGUACACGGAGCAGGACGCGGAGAGUACCAGUCCCCCUGAGCGCCCCGGCACAGGGAGGGCAGAGCCGACAGGCAACGCUCCCGGCAGCGUGGUGGGCAGCAAUAAUGUUCACAAGGACUAUUCCCUCUGGGAGCGUCGUCGGCUCCUCUCAGUGAUGCGUGGUGACAUAGGAGAGGGGCUACAGAGGAGAAGGACAAAGAGGUCUGGUGUCAAAUCAGCCACGCUGGCCUCUGCCAACCAAAGCCUCAGCCAGGCUGGCCUAGAGGGGAACCCAACAAUGAAGAGACCCCGUUUAAAAGCUGGCGUCAAAGACAACUCCAGGAGCCCUCCGCAGCACGCCAGGGCCGUCCAGGGGAGAGCGCCUGUCAAAAAGGCAAACCCUCCUUCUAGCACUGUGUCCCAAAGGCAGCAGCCUCUCGGUGGCCCCAGGGACUCAGGGGUCACAAUUCCCAAAGGGGUGAGACCUCGAGGAGACCUCAGCAUCGCUAAGGACGGGCUGCAGCCAGCAGGCACUGUGCCAGCCAGGAAAGGAGGCCCAGUCUCUGGCAAAGCCGGCAGACACGCUGUGAGUGCUGCCAGCCCCAGCCAGCAGCUUGGGCUGCCGCAGUGGCUGAACCAAGUGGAGUCCUACAUUGCUGAGCAGAAGGCAGCCAAUGGUGGGGACAUGGGCAAGGGAGAGGCGCAGGUGGCAUCUCCUGUGAAGGGCAAGUCUGGAGCUGUGGCAGCAGAAGAGGAAGAGGAAGAGGCAGAUGGGGAGCCAGAGGAGGAAGAUGAGGAGGAUUUUGAUUAUGUACCAGUGUUUGACCAGGCAGUGAACUGGGAGCAGACCUUCAGCACGAGCAACCUGGACUUCCAUAUGCUGCGCACAGACUGGAUUGACCUGAAAUGCAACACAUCAGGAAACUUGCUGCUAAGAGAAAGGGAGGCCCUGGAAGUCACGCGCGUCUUCCUGAAGAAGCUCAACCAGAGGAGUAAGGGGCGGUUCCAGCUGCGGCGUAUCGUGAACGUGGAGAAACGCCAGGACCGCAUGCGGGGCAGCCGCUACCUGCUGGAGCUGGAGCUGCUGGAGCAGGGAGAGCGGCUCGUCCGCUUCUCCGAGUACGUCUUUGCGCGGGGCUGGCAGGGCGUUGGCGGCAAUGAGGAGGAGGAGAGGAAGAUGAGGAACCUGGCGUGGGGUCGCCGGCGGCACCUGAUGGCUGUGGCGAACGAGCCAGAGCUGUGCUGGCCCCAGGGCUUUUCCUGGAACCAUCAUGCCGUGGUUCACUUUGUGGUGCCAGUGAAAAACCAGGCACGUUGGGUGCUGCAGUUCAUCUCCGACAUGGAAGAGCUGUUCCGAGUCACUAACGAUCCGUACUUCAACAUCAUCAUCACGGACUACAGCAGCGAUGACAUGGAUGUAGAGAAGGCUCUGAAAAGGUCUACCUUGCACAGCUAUCAGUACUUGAAGCUGACAGGGAAUUUCGAGCGUUCUGCUGGGCUGCAGGCGGGGAUAGACCUCGUGACGGACCCACACAGCAUCGUUUUCCUGUGCGACCUCCACAUCCACUUCCCAGCUGGAGUCAUUGAUUCGAUCCGGAAGCACUGCGUUGAAGGCAAGAUGGCCUUCGCACCCAUGGUCAUGAGGCUGCACUGCGGCAUGUCCCCACAGUGGCCUGACGGCUACUGGGAGGUGAAUGGGUUUGGUCUCCUGGGCAUAUACAAGUCUGACCUGGACAAGAUCGGCGGUAUGAACACAAAAGAGUUUCGGGACCGCUGGGGAGGAGAGGACUGGGAGCUCCUGGACAGGAUCUUGCAGGCUGGGCUAGAAGUGGAGCGUCUCUCCCUGAGAAACUUUUUCCACUGGUUUCACUCAAAGCGGGGCAUGUGGAACCGGCGCCAGCUGAAGACACUGUAGCCUUCAACCCCAAAGCUGCUCGGCAGCACCGUCCACCGUCUCGUCUCGACGUGCACUUUAUCGAGGCACACAGCCGAGCACACAAACUCUUCCUCUGCCUCCAGAGCCCUCCGAUGGGGUGGCACAGCUGAGGAAGGGAGAAUCAGGCUAGGGGAGCGGGAGCUUCUCUUGUGAGCCAUUGUAUCCAAGAUGUGGGAUCCAUGUCUUGCUGGGAAGGCAUGCGGGGGAGAUGUCGACAAGUGAAGGACUCAUAUUUCCUGCCAUCCGCAGUCUGGCGGAUGGUACAGUGGGAGACGUGCCAUAUUUCCCAUUGAGUCUUGCAUGGUGCAAACCAAACAAACACAAAUCCCGGCUAAGCCCAGAACGGUUUAUUUAGAGUAAUGCAGCUUCUCUUUCAAUACUUGAAUGAAAAAAAAAAAAAAACCAACCUUCCCCAUUUCCCCUCCUUCCCCAUCUCUCCAGUAUCCAUACCUUUGGACGGGGGACCAAAGUAAGUUCUCUGAACUGUAUUGUGUCCACAUGCCCAUGUGCUGACCCAGGGAAAUCUGGAUGUGGAGGAGCUGAUAGGCACUUUAGGCUGCUGGUGCUUAGACGUUUCUCUGUGCUUUUCACUUUAGUCAUUAUGAAAAACUGUGCUCAUAUUCAGCAAAUUAUGGGCCAUGG